AGAUUCCUGGGCAAGAAAUCAUUACGGAAGGAAAAUUUUACAGGGCCAGGAGCCCAGUAAUGGGCUCCUGACAGGGCUUCGAAAAGGAGACUACCCCUACCCCCCCUACCCUCACUAAAAUGUUUGAUAGAGGAGCCUAGAACGAGUCCUUCCUUGAUCCAAUAUGGCGGCCAGAAGUAAAUAUGCCAACCUCCCGGGAAUAGACAACCAACCUGAUGUUUUCGAGACUCCAGAUGUGGAUAACUCAAAUCAAAAUGGACUCGAAUCMAAUGAUGAUAAUAUGGAUGAAAAUGUAGAAGUCCUUAAAAUAGAUUCCAGGAAGGCUUAUGAUAGUUUUAAAGGAAGAUAUCUUGACUCCAAUGAAUCAGAUUUUUCUGAUAAUAUUGGAAUGAAACACAGAAAAGGAUACUGCGCAAAAACAGAGUAUGAAAUCCUUGGGGAGAGCAAAGAAAAGGAAAGACCAGAUCAAAAAUAUCAAAGACUACAACAUGAAAUGAGAGAACUUGCUGAAGAACUUGAACAAAUAAAGGAUGCCUCAUUGGAUGAGAAAGAAGCAAAGAAGCUCUCUCCUGUCACUCUUGCACAAGAGGUUAAAGUACUUCAACAAGAUUGAAAACACAGUUGGAAUCUUUUAAAACCCAAGAAACUGGUGAUUCCAAAGCCUCAAAGGCUGUACUACAAACCAGAACAUGCUAAGUUUAACCAACUUUCAAAGAUGAGUGAUCUUGAGAAAAGGAUUUCAACUUUGGAAAAAGUACUUGGAAAUGAUCUUGCGCAAGUGUCAUCUCUAACAGCYGAUCUUGAAAUCAAAGAAAAAAAUAUCUUGGGAAUUGUUUCAGCCAUUCAAUCCAAGGUUGCCUUGCUUGAUCCAAACCAUGUUGAACACAUUGAUGCAAGGCUUCAGGGUAUCCUACACCAUGUAACUCAGGUUUCAGAGAAGAAAGAUUCAGUUGAAAAUGCAGCUAAACAGUCUAAGGUCAAUGAACUUUAUGACCUCAUCAGCAAAUGGGAUUGUGUUGUUGAUGUUGUACCUGACGUCAUCAAGCGUCUUCAUUCUUUGAGGUUUCUCCAUGAACAAGGGAGUGAAUUUGGACAAACACUUGUUCAGCUUGACCGUGCUCAACAUGAAGUCACAGAUCAGUUAAAGACACAAGAAAAACUCUUAAAGGAGGUGGAUCUAAAGUUUACCUCCAAUAUGUCUGCUAUUCAAGAAAACUGUGGCAAAAUUGAAACCAGGAUUAGUGCCCUGCAAUCAAAGAUUGAAAAACGAGGUCGAUGAUGAGUUUAUUGGACAUAUUAGAGAUCAAAGUAACUAAUAGCUGUUAUAAUUAUAGUGGUGACUUUACAAUAGACAACUUAAAAUAUGACAAGAAGUACGAGGUAGGCUCCUCCGCAGGCGUCUCAUUUACUUUCCACCCCUCUACUUUUGGGCUUCCUGUUUGCUGAAGGAGACUUCAUUUCUUGCAACCUAAGGUCUUAGCAGAGCAGCCCUAGGAACGAGGUUACAUUUCUUGCAAGGUCCUCAAGGCCCCCACUCGGCUAAUAGGAUACCAGAGGGAUCCCAAAAGGUUAAAAGAGAGUGUUGCUUGCGGAGGAGGCUAAAUACAAGGAUGAAAACGAGUUUAAAAUUGGCUUAAUACGAGUUACUGAUUAUGAACUGUAGUCCUGCAGAUGGACUGAAACAAUUAAUUAUAGACAAGAAGUCGAGUGAAAUCAAUCUCCAACAGCUCACUGAAAGCCAUUUUUAAAACUUUACUCGUAAUCGUGUUCUCGUCCUUGUUGUCAAAUCUAAAUUUCUCUAUUUAUGAAGUUUACUGUAUGUUCAAUGUCUGUAUCUGUAAGGCCGCAUAUACUAUAGACGAAAAGGAUUGUCAACUUGUUGCGGUUUUAGAAUGACACAAAACUGUAGGACAGGUUUGAAACAUCGAUUACUAUGUUUGAAAUGAGAGAGGAAGAAAAACAACUUCUCUCAACUUUUUUUCGCCUUUUUUUGCUUUCCUCGACUGUGAUCAUGGCGAAUAGCCAAUCAGAAUGCUGAUAUUAUGAUAGUGGAGACUAGCGGUAAACUAGUGUGAGCUGUGUCGAUGUCAGUUCUAAAUAAACAGUUGUGCAAAAAAAUAAAUUUUAACACCGUAAAAAAGUAUUCGAAACACAACUGACGUUUCGGACGUUAAUCCUUCGUCGGAGUAAGACUCUACAUCUAAAUCUACAUAGUUCCAGCACUUGGCAAUGUUCAUUGUGUUACUAGCUGUAUAUUAGUAUGAGGUCUCAUUGACUAGUAACCUUUAUACGAACACUACGCCAAGCCGACCUCAAUGCUGGUGAGAUGAGCCCUGGCCACACCACCGGGAACUCCGUGCCCUACUUAGUCUCAUGCUAAUGAGAAGUGUAGAGAGACGGGACCUCCGAUUUAACGUCGUUAUCCGAGAGGACGUGAAGAUCUUACCAUUUGCAGAUGGAGAAACAAAGGCAGCAACUUUUACUCAAUUAUUUUAAGACCCUGAGUAUUGGUCCGGGCAGGGUUCGAACCCACGACCUCCCGCAUUGUAGUCCGAUGCUCAACCAACUGAGUCAAUCCGUAUGCGACAGACUAAUGUCUGAAACGCCAGUAAGUUGUUUCACCUACUUUUUUACGGUGUUAAAAUUUAUCUUUUUGCACAACUGAUAUCAUGAUAGUCCAAAGUUUUAUGACGUGAUACCAAAAGCCACUAUUAGGCUGUGUAAUAGA